AUGUAUACUUUACAUUCAGAAUUAGAUAGUAGUGGAGGAGGUGGAUCCUCCGAGAAAUUUAAACAUGGUGCAAUAAUAAGGGAAAUUGCUGCAUUCUUUGCAAUCACCGCUAGCAUUUUAUCUGUUAUAUCCAUUUGGUCUCAUCUUAAAAAUUACAGAAAGCCGUCCUUGCAGCGUUAUGUGGUCCGAAUCAUAAUAAUGGUUCCUAUUUACGCUGUUUCAUCAUGGAUCAGUUUGGCUUCAACAACUGCUUCAUUUUAUGUAGAUGGUAUAAGAGAUAUUUAUGAGGCAUUCGUUAUAUAUUGUUUCUUUAAUCUUCUUAUAAAUUAUCUUGGGGGAGAAAGAGCACUUUUGAUUUUAUUACAUGGUCGAUCACCAACUCCUCAUCUAUUUCCUGUUAAUAUCUUUGUUAAAGAUAUGGACAUCGGAGAUCCUUACAUGUUUCUUUUUUUAAAACGAGGGAUCCUUCAAUAUAUCUACAUUAAACCUAUAUUGGCAAUUUUAACCAUGAUACUGAAAUAUGCAGAGACUUAUGGAGAAGGUCAUAUUGAAAUAAAAAAUGGAUAUAUAUGGGUUUCUUUGAUUUAUAAUGGUUUACAUUAUCCAUUCUUGUGUAUUUUGGAGUUAUUCAUGAUUGUAUCCGAAAAUGACUCAGCCGAGAGCAUUUCAGUAUCAAUUCAAGAUUUUCUUAUAACAAUUGAAAUGUUUUUUGCAUCGAUGGCACAUUGGUAUGCAUUUUCAUACGAAGAUUAUUACGAUAUUUAUGGACGAUCAGGUCGAAUGCCAAUGAAAUAUGCAUUUAAAGAUUGUAUAGGAUAUCGUGAUGUGAUUGAAGAUACAUUACAAACUAUUAGAGGUUCACGUUUCAAUUAUAGAACUUUUGAACCUGCUGAAGGAAUGGCACAUAUUGGACCUAGUAGAACUGCACGAAUAAUGGCAGGAUUACGAUUUACUGAUGGUGGAGCUAAUAAAUAUUGGCUCCCACCAAAUUCUCGGACUGCCUUACUUUCAGAACAAUAUCGAAUUGUUGAUGAUGAUGAUAUUGAUAAUAGUUUAAAUUUUGAAGAUCCAAAUCCAAAUGAUGAUAUUGAACAUUUAUAUGAUCAUAGUAGAAAAUUAGGUAGACACGGAGAUUAUAAUUUUCCCGUAAUAUAUCAAAUUGAUUACUCUGAAAAUAAUAAGAAAUCAACCAAAAAUAAAAUAAAAAAAUUAACAAUGUCAAAAAGAAAACAUAAAGGAAAAAAUAAAGUUCAGGAAAUUUUUUUUGGAGAUGAAGAAGGAGGAGGUCAAAUUAAAGAACAAGUUAGUAAUAUUUUACCACCUGGAUGUAUCGAUCUUGUAAAAGAGGUGUCAGAUGGAAAUGGAAUACGAUUUGAGAGAUAUAUAAAUGAAAAUGAAACCAUCUCUAAUAUUAAUUCAUACCAAAGCCAACCGUCAAUAAUGCAAUCCUAUUCAUCGAUUACAUCAAGAGAUCCCUUUAUUCAAGUUCCAACAAAAGAUCCUCUUGGAGCAACAAGUUAUUUGGGCACUUUAGAGCAGAAUAUUUGGAACGAUAAAGAUAUCUGGAAUUAA